UUCACCGCACGAGGAGCGCUGUUAUCAUUCUUCAGUACCCACUGACUGGGUGGCUGAGGGGUUUUUUUUUCGAUGGGUGGAAAAUCGAUGGCCGCUCACGAAUACAGUGGAAAUCGUCGCGGAAAUACUCUGUCGGGUAGUGUGUCGGACCAUCGAGCAGUGAAAAUUUUCUCGCAGUUGCAGAUUUGACGUUUAGCUUACAACAAGUUCUUGGAGCGAUCGUAGGUUCCAUAGUACACCCAGUAGUGGAAGCGAGUGUUGUGAGUAGUACUAUUAUCUAGUAAGCGUUUAGUAAAUUCCAGGCCGCUUCGAUUGGCUUUUCCGAUGUGGAUAUGAACGGGUUCUGCUGCAGUCAGUGGCGUGUGUGUGCGCCAUGAUCCCGAAGGCAGGAAAAUUAGUGUUUCCAUCUAGGCUCACCAUAUUUCGGUUCCAGUUAGUGAUUUAGUUCAGUGACACAUUUUAGCGUUUAAUUAUGAUGAAUUUGAGCAGAAAGAGCCAGUAAUAGUAAUGCUUGUUUGUAUUAUGCACAUUUUAUUUUUAGCCCAAAAGGAUUGUUAUUAAAUCAAUAAUUUGGGGAUACGAUGUUGCUAAAAGUGAAUGCUAGUUUGGUGUCAAGUUGGUCAAGGAUUAGAAAUGCGAAGAUCGAACUCCGAACUCCUAUGUACGGGAAAUUGGGUUAAAUAUCAGGGAAAAUUGUUCUUCAACGCAAGCAAGAAUCAAACGCCAAAUGACAUUAUACUAGUUUGUCCACUCCUUCGGGGAUAGUAUCAGUGUGUGCGUGUGCCGUGCGUUCCAAUGCAAAACCCCAAAAAACAGCUCUGUUUGUGAUGUGAAAAACAAGUGUAUGAAUCGGAAAAAACCGGAAAAAUAAUUUAACAAAUCUGUUUCACGAAAUUGAAUUAAUUUUAAAGAUAAACGGAACCGUGUAGCGGAACGAGCAAUAAAAUUCCCUGCUUGCAGCAUUCAGCGCCUCAUUCGCCGAGGGAAUUUGGCAGCGGAGACAGCUCUAUUUGUUGAGUUGUUGCCGGGAUGAAUUCCAUCAGCCGCCGGGCUUAUCAAUAAUUCGCCCACUCGCCAAUCUGCAUGGGAUCGAUGCCAAAAUUCAGCAAUCUACACAUCUCCACGUGCCGGGAAGGAAACCGAAGGGCAUAGGAAAGGCAAAAGGUGGCGGGCGGAGGAGGAUUCGAGCUACUGGAAAAACAUGAGAUAGUGCCUGCGCUGUGUGGUUUUCCUUAGUGAUUGUGUUAUAUGGCUUUGGAAGCUUGGAAAACCAGCGCAACCAAGCAUAAAUUGUAUGCAGAAAUGAUACGCAAAUUUGAGUGAGCCGUGGCGAGAGUGGAAAUGAUAUACGAUCAGGACGGCGAGUGGAAAACUCGUGUGUCUAAACGUGUGCAGCGGGUUGUAGCCAAUAGCAAGGAAACAGUGAGUGCAGUGUCGUCCUUGUUUAUCUUUUAGCUAUAUCGGUAGAAGAAUUAGGUAAAUCGGUGUAGUUUCAAACUAGGAAGAGCUAUAUUCCGUGCCCACGAAGAUGCAUUUACACUUUGAAAAAAGCAGCAACACGAAAUGCGAUUGCUCGAUCCUGUCCCUUUCUUGGAUGGGGAAGGUCCCGGACGAUAUACCGGAGGAGGAAGGCUGGAAGUUGAAUCGCACCAACUACUACCAGGAGGGCUGGCUGGCGACCGGAAAUGUUCGGGGGAUCGUAGGAGUUACCUUUACCACGUCGCACUGCAAAAAAAGUGUCGAGUUUCCGCUGAGAACGAACUACAACCUUCGGGGCCAUCGAUCAGAUGUGAUUCUGGUGAAAUGGAACGAACCGUACCAGAAGUUGGCUAGUUGUGAUAGCUCCGGUAUCAUUUUUGUCUGGAUCAAGUACGAGGGCCGAUGGAGCGUAGAGCUGAUAAAUGACAGGAACACGCCGGUAACACAUUUUUCAUGGUCUCAUGACGGCAGGAUGGCACUAAUAUGCUACCAGGAUGGUUUCGUGCUGGUUGGUUCAGUCGCUGGUCAACGGUACUGGUCCUCGAUGUUGAACCUGGAUGCAACUAUCACAUGUGGCAUUUGGACGCCGGACGACCAGCAGGUGUAUUUCGGCACCACCCAGGGUCAAAUCAUCGUGAUGGACGUCCAUGGGGCAAUGGUCUCGCAGGUGCAGCUAUGCUCCGAGGUUGGAAUCACUGCGAUGGCGUGGUCUUGUGAGAAGUUUAAGAUGGAGGAAGGCGAGGACACUGAACCUGGUGUCACCAAUGCUUCCAAACGUUCUUUCGUACUAGCUGUAAGCUUCCAAAACGGGUAUAUUUACUUACUGAAGUCUUUUGAUGACAUCUCGCCUUGCCACAUACACACCGGCAUGAACGGCACGCUUGGCUUCGUCAUGGAGUGGAGCAAUUCUCGGGAACUGCUUGCAGUGGCUGGUAGCGAAAUCGUAGCUAGCUCGGAGAUGACCGACACACCUCCCGCGCCCUCAGUUUAUAACAAUUUGCUGAAAUUUUACACCGAAUCCGGGAACCUACUGUAUUCGGCGAAAAUACCUUGCAAUACGACACCAGUUUCAGCCCUAACAUGGGGUCACAACGACAAACGGAUAUUCAUUGCCACCGGUACGCAGGUGCAUAUUGCGUGGGUUUCCCGGCGCGUUGCGUCCCUACAGUUGUUCUGCCGAUUACAAGUGCAGUCUUCCCUCAGCUCGGAAACAAUGCUACCGAAGUUGCCGCUUCCGGGUCGUAUCAAGGCCUUGAUUGGAAAUCUGUUUGCGCAGACUAUUCGGUGUUGUGUUCCAGACCUUAAAUCGUUGCGAGAAUUUGUCUCCCGACCUCCGAUUUGUUCAACGCGGCUUCAUUGCACUAUGAUUCGUCACGACGAUGAGUCUAACCAAAGCUCGGGCACCUGCUACACGUUGUAUUUGGAGUUUCUUGGAGGAUUAGUGCCACUCUUGAAGGGUAAACGAACGUCGAAGAUUCGACCAGAGUUUGUUAUUUUUGAUCCACAAGUCGAUGACAUUUCAUCAUAUUGUACAUAUUCGUCAGAUUCUACAACAACUACUGCGAAGAGUUCGUCGGCAUCAAGUCACUCGACGAGUGGUACCAAUGGGCGUUCCGACACUUCCGAAAGUGAUGUGGAUGAUGGUUGUCGAUCUCCAAGGCUGUCCCGGAAACGGAAAGCCCGUACGAAAAAACGUCAUCCCAGCAGUAGUGAUCGAUCACCUAACCAAAACUCAGACUCAGCGGAAAAUAAUGAAGAACUUGCUUAUCUCGAUACUCUACCGGAGCAUGUUAAACUAGUGGAAGUAACAUCCAACAUUUGGGGGACAAAGUUCAAAAUUCAUGGCCUGGCAAAGACGCUCCCCGCAAAUCUGGGUCAAGUAACAUACAAAACCUCGCUGCUUCACUUACAACCACGCCAAAUGACCCUGGUCGUGACGGAACUACGGGAUGACUUUCCGACGGGACCCGAUCCUAACUUCAAUCCUAACAUUUUUUCCGAAGACGAAGAGGAACACAACCAACCGCAUGUCGCCUCCGGUGCUCGUAAACUAGGAGAGGCGGCACCCCCGAUCGCACCAAUGUCUCCAAGACCGAAUCGAUUUCCGUCACGACCACGGCGCCAAACUCCUUCAGCGCUUGCAUCUUCGUCCAAUUCACGUCCACCCCUGCCUCAGCUUGGUCCGUUGGCACGUGCUGAAUCUUACGAAGACGACACGGACGGCGCUGAAACUGGUGAACCAUCCAGGACAGUUGCAACUCCUCCUCGUCAAGGCAUUAGCUAUUCGAGUCUUGUUAGCCAGUGUAGCAGACCUUCUUCGGCAUCCAGUAGCCAAUCACGUGUCGCUAUUUCUCCCUUAUACUGCGAGGGUUCGGUGCCAACGCUUCAAUCACCAAAAAAUGCCGUUGCACCAAGUGAUAUCAUUUUCGAUAGACCACCGGCCGGUCAAACAACGCUGAUGAGCUACUCCAGUAACACGGACUAUGUAAACAAUGUUGUUCAAGUGAAAAAUGCUCUCAUGUCGUCAGAUCAUAAUCGAGCCAACAAUCAAUCCCACGUUAAUCCAGUUCCACUCAAUCUCAACCUGAACCUUGAAAGGAUAGAGACAAAGACUACCAGCAACAGGGACUCUACACAUUCCGCACCUUGUAGCAGUAAGCAGUCAACUCCCAAAAAGCAAAACUUAAAAUAUAUAGACGAAGAAACGCCAACUAAUUCUAGUAGUCCAGCUGUUGUGCCAGAACCGAGCACUAGUAGUGCAAGUAGCAGUAAACACCCCGCACCCACUAUGAAGCGAACCCCAACCGUAGUUUCUAUGGCACCAGUAGCUACUAGUGGAAUACCGGAGUCCAUUACGCGAAGUUGUAGUGUAGGCUAUCUCGACAAUAUAGAAAUCGUUCCCAGCGAUGCCGUUCUAUCCAUAAUGCGGAAGGAAACCCCAUACAAACGCUUGGUUUUGGUGGACAAGAAACGCCAGAAAAAAUACAAACGAAACUUUGAUGAUCUCAAGAAAACCAGACUUCGUCAAGACAGCAAAUCCAAAAGUUUGGAUUCUUGUGAUAUUCUGCAGGAUUCGCCAAAUUUGAACCGCGAUCUGAUCAAUCUUUUCCGACAGAUGCCCAAAGUGAGCGAACUAUCAGAGAACGAGACUGAAUAUUCAUCAUCCGACCAGAUCGAACGAAUGCGUCCUUCCGUGGCGCCUGCUAGCGCUACGGGUAACUCGAAUAAACGACGACCGUCGAUGAAGUUUCCGGGAGUUACCGGUCCUAUUUCUAGAACUCCUAUUCUAAACCGGAAAGAGAAGCCAAAAAGUUGUUCGAUUUGUAAAACGAUAUCGCCUACGGUAAACUCCACGGAGACGGUAUGCGUCAAGUGUCGGAAAAAUGGAAAUGCUCAAUGUUCGAUUGUAGUGGAUAGGGAAAAUAAUAGUUUAGAAGACCAGCAGAAUCAUAUCUAUGUGGAUAUAAUAAGCGCUAAACCUCCGCAAGUUCCACCAAAAGCGAAACGGUCAAUUUUAGAGCAGUACAUCAGCUCGGCUUACAGUAACAAUGGAGAUUUGGUACUGAAAGAUGCCGCCAAUGGUGCUGGUUGCAGCAAAAGUUUAUCCGACAAGCAAAACAAUAACAAUAACGUUGAAAGCAACGGCGCUUGCAGUACACCGAAAUCUAAGAUGAGAAAAAAUUUCGAAAUUGUUACAAGUUUUACGGAUAGUCCGUUGUUUAGUCGACGGCACCGUUCUUUGAAUCGCACCGACUCUUCGAAGCUGCAGAGCGAAAACAGUACUCCUGUAAUGAGCCGGAAAACAGACUCCAAAGAGAACGGCGAUAGCCGGAAAGGUCGAAAAACUGACGAAUCUCCGAGAAGGCACCGCCGGAACGAGAGUUGCCCUGGUCCGAGAGGUGAAAACAACAAUGGCGAUGGACCACCGCUGCAGCCAAUCGAAAUUACACCGGUCGAGCAGAAAGCUUCAGUUUCCCUACACGCUCAAGCACUUACUACGCUGGAGAACAUCAUAAGCCGGUUGCGAGAUUUGGACGAAGGCCGACUGACGCCUCCUUCUUCGCCGGCAAACUCACGAUUACCGCGUAGUUCUCCAGCUUCACCUGCACCUAGUAAAAAGAGUAAACGUCACCAAAGUGCUUCGCCGAUUCGACACAUACUCAAUUCGCCGCUGCUGAACCGUCGGCAACGCAAGAAACAACAGGCCGAUGUUAGUUCUGACGAUGAAAACCAGACACAGACACAAACCGAUGAUAGCAGUGGAGGGAGUGGUGGUAACAAACAGUACCGAGAUUUGGAGACAUUCCAGAAAGCGCAGCUCAGACAAAAGCUAAAACGAGGUAAGAUCGAGCCGAACGGAGUGGCUAGUUCAUCCCAACCGCAAGCUCCGGUAAGACGGGAAUUUGUGAUGCACAAUAAAGCACCGAUGUGGAAUGAAAACAGUCAGGUUUACCAGCUGGACUUCGGUGGACGAGUGACACAGGAGUCUGCCAAAAAUUUUCAGAUCGAGUUUCGCGGCAAGCAGGUGAUGCAGUUUGGUCGUAUCGAUGGUAACGCAUACACGCUUGACUUUCAGUAUCCGUUUUCGGCGUUACAGGCGUUUGCAGUUGCAUUAGCAAACGUUACACAACGAUUGAAGUGAAAUUUGUUGGCCAAGCAGUAAGCUUUUCUGUAAUGAUAGAAAGAGAAAAAAAACUGUAGCUGUAAUAUAAAUCAUUGACAUAUCACAUACAUAGGUUCGGUUAAUAUGAUCUUUCAGCGAAUAGUCGUUGUAGAAGAAGGAGUGUUUGAUGUUACACGUUGUAUGCAACAGCUUUGAGAUGAAGGUUCCAUUCAUGUAUCGCGAGUUAUGUUUAACGUCAAGCUUUUGCCAUUUGUUUCGUCGUUUGAACUCAUACGUAAAUAUACACACACAACUAAACUUAAUAGUGCAUGAUAGCUUUUCACAUAUCAGCACAGAAGUCAUUUGCCAUAGAAAAAUGCAAACAUUCAAACGUAUUAACAGACGAUAUUUGAAGCAGAGCCAACUAGUCAUACAUGGCCUAUAGUGUUAGCAAAAACUAAAAUAUGAUAAUUUGUGAAAUUGUAAAUAUCUGAUGCGCCAAAUCAGUCGGAAAGACUUUGACCUAUAUGUGCCGUCGCGAAGCGGCCAAAUCCAUGUGCAAUAGUUACGAAACUUUUACUACCAAUGAUAUUUCGUUCUAGAUGUGCGAACCAUAAGGAAUCCUGUUUAAAUUUUAUAGCUUAUUGUCUAGUCGAAUUUUAUUUUGCCUGUCAUAUAAACUGUUCUAGUCAUUUUUGUCGAUUACUUUCACAUAAACGUUCCUCUAGUCAAACUAAGCUUUUCUCGUUCACGUUCAUUUUUUACGUUACUCGUUAGAAUGUUAAAUUAUUUUUCGCUAUUUCUAUUGAACUAAUUGUAAGCAUCCCAUAAAACCGAGAAAAGCAUGAUAGCGAACUUAGUGUAAGUUUUUAGCAAGCUAAAGUAAGUAUUGAACGUUGCUAGGUAACCGAAAACACACAUAUGAGUAAAUCCAUCCAAAGUUGGAAAUCUUAGACAAAUGCAAGCAAAAAUCACCAAACUAGCAACAAUAACACAGUGCUAACGUCCGUUUUAAAUAGGAAAGCCAAACAAGCUGGAUUUUUCGUGGACAGCGCUAUACAGCCAAAGCUCUCUUUUGAUAGACGUUAAAAGACGAUCAAAUUUGUGUAAUUUUUUGUACUGUUUUUACCCAAAAUGACAACAAUAAACAGAGCGUGAAUCUGAUUGUAAGGAACGAACAAUAAAACGUAUAAUCGAAUUGAGCGUAUAUCAGGCGUAGGUUACACUACUGGGUUUCUUUUUACAGCAGCAGCAAUCACGAUGUUUUGUAUUCUUUCAGAAAACGAUACCAAAGGCUUUUUGGUCUGCGAUUAGACGACGUUCUUUUUCUACAAUCACACACCAACCAUUUAGCGUAAUAAUAUAGCCAUAUAGUUGUUUCUCUUUUUGUCAACGCGCCGUUACCGUUAUAGGAUGCAAAACAAAACACUGAUAUAGUAUUCGUUUCCAGCCAUUACAAGCAGCACUAGACUAUAGAAGUAAGCGGGCGCAGAUUAGCCCAGGCGAUCGAAAGCAACUUACAGAAGAAGAAAAAACUUAACGCCAGUUACUUACGGUAACUUAUUAAAAUCUGUGUAUUCACACCAGUCACGAAAUAAACGAUCAGUGUUCCGAAA